GGUGCACGUAGAUGAUACACACCAUAGACCUCGAUUGCAGGAAAGCACGUAACUCAAAAAGUCGUGCUCCCCACGCGAAAUGGAGUGCACCCAUCAAGGGUCCCUCGCGUUCCAAUUUCAGCCUUCGAAAAAACCUCCUUUCUAACUCCAACCACCAUUGCAAUCUUCAUCUUUAUCGUUUUUCCUCCAACGACGUCGUUUCCAUCGCAACGCUCCAUCAUCCUCAUCGAUGAUUUUAUGAUUCAUCCAACACACUCUCACGGCAUAAAUAAACGACGUCGUUAUCGCAAUAAUUCUUCGUCAUCGGCGAUUUAUUAAAAUCAAACGCCUACUGAAACGACAUCGUCACCAUUGCGAUUCUCAUCGGUGAUUCUGAUUCAUCUAAUUCACGCGUGGAACGUAACUUUUUCGAAACGACGUCGUUGUCGUAGCAAUGCCGUUCGCGCGAUGCAACAGCCAGAUUCCGGCGCCGCUGCCGUCGCCGAUUCCUACCGGGAGAGGCACGCGGUCCGCCGCGAACGAGAUCUUCAGCCAGUUUCUCGAGAAGACGCUGCAGAUCCCGGAGCUGACGCUGCCGGGACCGCACCUCCCGCCCGCGCCGGCGGAGAUCGACUUCCGGUCGCUGACUCUUGUCUCCACCGAUCUGAUGCUGCGCUCUGCCAGGGAGUUCGGCGCGUUCCGAAUCCGGUGCCACGGGAUCUCCGGCAGCGAACUCGGAACCAUGGCGGACGAAGCCGAACGCGUCUUCCAGAAAUCGCGAAACGUCGUCGUCGUGGAGCGCAACGGAACUGGCGGAGAGAUGAUUCCCUGUGUUCGCUCCAGCAAAGGUGCACUGGAAUUCGCCGCUCAGACGAUUACCGGCGACCAAACGCAUCGGAACUUUUGGGUUCACAUGGGGAACGUUGCAAGUAGAUUGGAUACUAUAGUUGAGCAAGUGACUAUGGUUCUACAACACAAAACAUCUAAAGAGUUUAAGGAGCGGAUUCAAGAUACAGAGUCUUGGAUUUGCUUGUGCAGGUAUCCGCAUGAUAAUGUUCGCAAACAAAACGAAGACACCUCGGUUAAGAAAAAAGACAAAUUAUGUGAUCAUGCUUUGCGCUUCUACCUUCCUAUGGAGCAAUGUAUAUUUUACGUCCAAACUGAAAGAGGUCCCCUAUCAUUUGACGCAGGUCCAGAGAACAUAGUUGUCACCGUUGGCAAACAACUAGAGGAGUGGAGCCACGGUGUAUUCAAAUGUGUUCCUGGGGAAAUGAUCUUCAUGCCGAGUUUCCAGAGUAGCCCUGCCUCUUUCUCCAUAGAGCUUGUGUGCUUGGCCUCUUCAAAUGAUCUAAGUCACAGUUUAGACAAUUCUGACAACUGUGACAAGAUAAUAUCCUUGGCUGAUCAAAUCCUUAUUGUAUUUUGUCUUGUAUUUUUAUACAAUUUUUUAUACUUCGUUUUUUCCUGAUUCUCAGGACAUGAUUGCACCGUUUUCAUUUAUUUGGAUGCCUGUUGCGUGGUCAUGAUGUAGCUCUCACCCAGUUACACGAUUUUUUUUCCCUGUAUUUUAUUUAUAAAAGCCAUUCUGGUGUACAGUUUGAGUGUAAAGAUUAUGGGUAAAACACCAGUUACGACAUGUUGACAUGAUGUUGUGGGUUGAAAGUAGUGAAAAUGCUGUCUUCUUACAUAUUGAAUAGUGUAAAAACACAGGAAGCAAAGAUUUGUAGAUUGACAAUUUAAUUAAUUUUAUCAAUCAUGGUUUGUAUUAUUAU